GUCGCGGCCUAGUAGUGCGCGAGGAGGAGCGAGGCCAAAGGGACGAGAGAGCGAGCGAGGCCAGGCUCCUCUCCCUUCUCCUCAACAUGUCCGACUUCGACGAGUUCGAGAGGCAGCUGAACGAAAACAAACAGGAACGCGACAAAGAAAACCGUCACCGGAAACGCAGCCACAGUCGUUCACGGAGUCGUGACAGGAAGCGGCGCAGCCGUAGCCGUGAUCGGCGUAACAGAGAUCAACGCAGUGUCUCGCGGGAUCGCAGAAGACGCAGGUCACCCCUAAGCCUAUCGGGUCCCCUAAGUCGCUCUCCCCGGCAUGAGAAGAAGAAGAAGGUUCGCAAGUAUUGGGAUGUUCCACCUCCAGGCUUUGAACACAUCACACCCAUGCAGUAUAAAGCCAUGCAAGCUGCAGGGCAAAUUCCAGCUACAGCCCUCCUACCAACCAUGACCCCUGAUGGCCUGGCAGUGACACCCACUCCUGUGCCAGUGGUUGGCAGCCAGAUGACACGGCAAGCACGGCGUCUCUACGUGGGAAACAUCCCUUUCGGAAUUACUGAGGAAGCUAUGAUGGAUUUCUUCAAUGCUCAGAUGCGCCUUGGUGGCCUUACUCAGGCUCCUGGUAACCCUGUCUUGGCUGUGCAGAUCAAUCAGGACAAGAAUUUUGCGUUUUUAGAGUUUCGCUCUGUGGAUGAAACUACCCAGGCCAUGGCCUUUGAUGGGAUUAUUUUCCAAGGGCAGUCAUUGAAGAUCAGACGCCCCCACGAUUACCAACCACUCCCUGGCAUGUCUGAAAAUCCUUCAGUCUAUGUGCCAGGUGUGGUGUCCACAGUGGUUCCAGACUCUGCUCACAAACUGUUCAUUGGGGGUCUGCCAAACUAUCUUAAUGAUGAUCAGGUCAAAGAAUUGCUCACUUCUUUUGGGCCCCUAAAAGCUUUCAACCUGGUGAAGGACAGUGCCACUGGCCUGUCAAAAGGUUAUGCCUUCUGUGAAUAUGUGGACAUCAACGUGACAGACCAGGCCAUCGCGGGCUUGAAUGGCAUGCAGCUGGGCGACAAAAAGCUGUUGGUGCAGAGAGCCAGUGUGGGAGCCAAGAAUGCUACUCUGAGCACAAUAAACCAGACCCCAGUGACACUGCAGGUACCGGGCCUGAUGAGUUCCCAGGUGCAGAUGGGUGGUCACCCCACUGAGGUGCUGUGUCUCAUGAACAUGGUGCUGCCAGAGGAGCUGUUGGAUGAUGAGGAAUAUGAGGAGAUCGUAGAGGAUGUGCGCGACGAGUGUAGCAAGUAUGGUGUUGUCAAGUCCAUUGAGAUCCCCCGGCCUGUUGAUGGCGUUGAAGUGCCUGGCUGUGGCAAGAUCUUUGUGGAGUUCACAUCAGUCUUUGACUGUCAGAAAGCAAUGCAAGGCCUGACCGGGCGAAAGUUUGCAAACCGGGUUGUGGUGACCAAGUACUGCGACCCUGACUCCUAUCAUCGCCGAGACUUCUGGUAGCCAGCCCCUGAACCAGGUCUGGAGGGGUCUUCUGAGGAGGCAGGGGCAACUCACUGGCCAGAGAGGCUCCUUUAGCAGCAUAGCCUGCUUAUAUUUUAUGGCCAAAAUCUCCUGUAUUUUUUUUUCUUCCAAUGGUCCCAAUCCCUUCCUUUUCUAACCCUGCCACUAUCCCCCUUCCCCACGGUUUCCCAGUGAUGGUUACUCUGUAGUAGAAAUGUUGUCUUUAGCCCCAUAGCCCUCUCCUCCCUUCUCUGUGACGUUUCUGAUUUUUGCUAAGAGGAGUUUUCACUCAAAAAGACGGGCCCGUUUUGUUGUAUUUUCCUUUCCUCUGCGCUGUGUGUAUGGACGACUAUUUCUCUAGCAUUGUCUUGCAGAAUUAAACAUUUUUUCCAAUUC